AUGGUUGAGGUAUCACUAACAGUAGGUAAACUCGAUGCUUCAUUGGCACUUUUGCUAACCAAGGAUCAUCAUUUAAUUGAGUUUCCAACUAUUCUUUUACCAAAUGGAGUCAGAGCAGGUUCGAUAAUCAAAAUCAGAUGCGAUCAAGAUUUCGAUAGCGAAAAAGAAGAGGCAGAGAAGUUCACGAAGAUUCAGGAUGAAAUUUUACAGACAUUUGCUACAAACUUACCCGAGCCGCCGAAUUUGAAAAUUAAAAACGUUACUCAAACCUCGUGUGUUUUAGAAUGGGAUAAACUAAACUUGGGCACCGCCACAUUGAAGAAUCUUAUUUUAUUUAAAGAUGGUAAAAAAUUAGGUUCAAUUCCACAACCAUUAAAUAAUCGAACCUCCAAAUUGUCUGGUUUGCCAAUUGACAAAUCUUUCAAAGUGCAAUUACGUUUGGAUACCACUGCUGGUACUUUUUUGUCAAAUGAAAUUGAAGUAACAACCCAUAAAAUGACUGAUUUGUCUGGAAUUACUGUGUGUCUUGGUGAUCUCACCCCAAAUGACCAAUUCAACAAGGAAGAUAUUGAAGAGACAUUGAAGAAUAUAGGGGCAAAAUAUCCAGUGCAACUGCAAGUCAAAGUCGACACGACACAUUUCCUCUGUACUAGAGAAAACAAACAAAAUCCUGAGUAUGUGAAGGCAAAUGAUAUGAACAUUCCCAUCAUUAGACCAGAGUGGUUGAAAGCCUGUGAAAGAGAGAGAAGAAUAGUUGGUGUUAGAGACUUUUAUGUGAAGGACUGUGUUUUACCAGAUAUAUUUGCAAAGAACUAUUGGCAAAAGAAGGCAUCUGAGCCAGCAGGAAAUUCUUCUGGUCAAAGUUUACCAAAUGAAUCACCAGCUGUACCUGAUAAAGAGGAAUCGCAAAAGACAGAUUUGAAAAAAGAAUUGGUCAAGGACGAACCAACUGAAGUGUACCAAGCCAAAGACGAACCUGUUACUCAAGAAGUAGUUAUAGGGGAAACCCCUGCAGUUGUUACAGAGAAUGCCACUACUCCAGAUACUAACAUAGAGGAAGCAGAUAUUGGUGAAGACGAUUCUGCAAAAAUUGAGCUGGUACCAGCUGAAGAAAUAGACACCAAAGUUGAACCUACUCCAGUUGGGGUUGAAACUGAGGAUGUUGUGGCAGAACCCUUGGCUGACCAAAAUGUAACCGUACCACUAGAAUCAACUUCAGUAGAUGAACAAGAGCUUCCUAAAUCAGAUGAGACGUCGAAACAGGUCAAUGAUGAUCAACAAGAGAUUGAAGUUGAACAACAAGAAAAGGUAAUUGAUAUUUCUAAAGAACAAGUGAAUAAUCCAGAUAGUAAUAAUGAGGCACAGAAAACUACUACAGAUGAUGCUUUUGAUACAGUCCCACUUGAAAACAAUGAGCAUACGGAAUCUGUUUCAAGAGAAAUCGAGCCAAUUCCUACAGAACCAACAGAGACUGUUGAUGUUGCUAAUGUUAAUAGUCCUGCAAGUGAAGGAACUGGUGAAGAUGAUGAAGACGAGGAAGACGAGGGAGAUGCAGAUAAUGAAGGGAAAUCUGAUGAAACGUCAGAACCAGCACCGGCAGGAAGUGCAUCUAGUUCUCCUACCAAGAAGAAGAAUAAAAAGAAGAAGAAAAACAACAAGAAAAAAUAA